UUGUAAACAUUGGAGCCUGAAACAGAGGAUACUACUAGCUUACAUGUUUUAAGAAAAGUGUGCCAGAAACAGAGAGAGAGAUGGAGAUGGAGCAAUCGAAGUUUAAGAGGAUUUGUGUGUUUUGUGGGAGUAGUCCGGGGAAGAAGAGUAGCUAUAAAGAUGCUGCUGUCGAGCUUGGAAACGAGUUGGUUUCAAGAAAUAUUGAUUUGGUUUACGGAGGAGGGAGCAUAGGCUUGAUGGGUUUGAUUUCUCAAGCUGUAUAUGCUGGUGGCCGCCAUGUUAUUGGAGUUAUCCCCAAGACACUCAUGCCACGAGAGAUAACAGGAGAAACGGUAGGGGAAGUGAAGGCAGUUGCGGAUAUGCACCAAAGGAAGGCAGAGAUGGCUAGACAGUCGGAUGCCUUUAUUGCUUUACCUGGUGGUUAUGGGACUCUUGAAGAACUUCUAGAGGUGAUAACCUGGGCUCAACUAGGCAUCCACGACAAGCCGGUUGGAUUAUUGAAUGUUGAUGGGUACUACAACUCCUUAUUGUCAUUUAUUGACAAAGCAGUAGAGGAAGGCUUCAUCAGUCCAAGUGAAAGACAUAUCAUAAUCUCUGCCCCUACCCCAAAAGAAUUGGUCAAGAAAAUGGAGGAUUAUUUUCCGCGGCAUGAAAGAGUUGCAUCAAAAUUAAGCUGGGAGAUUGAGCAACUAGGCUGCUGCACCCCAAAAUGUGAUAUUUCAAGGUGAAGAACUGAAAGUAGGAGUGCAGGCGUAAUUUUAGAUGACUGAAAAUGUUCAUCGAGUAAUACCCUUACAUGGAAAAAUUUUGCGCGUGUGGUUUUAAUGAUCCGAGUUUAAGCUCAUAUCAAAGGUUCAAAGAAUAAACUUGUAUGGUGUCGUUAUUGAUUUCUUAGUUUAAAAAAAAAAGGUUUAGAUCAUAGACUCUUAAAUUGAUUUAGGUAUGUAUUCAAAAGACAUGAAUUGUCAACAAUGUUAAGCAAUUCGUAAC